CCAAAGGCAGGAGGCACACUUUGAGACGACUUGGGUUUGAAUACAGGGGGAUGCUGGCUGCUCUUUUCAUUUUUCUUCAGAGAAAGGAAAUGAAGUGUUGUAACAUGGCCUUUUGGAUAAACACACUUUAUCUGGGAGUCUGCAUGUCUGCUUUGAUGGUCACAGAUGCAGAUGAGCAUGCACCCAAAGCAGAGAAUGUGCGGUGGGUGUCUCUGGAUUUUAAAACUAUCCUCAUGUGGACUGCAUCGCCAUCAGACUACACAUUCACAGUCAAGUACUCUUGGGAUGAUGGUGACUGGAUGGUAAGUCCCAACUGCAUUGGAAUAUCAGAAACAGAGUGUGACCUGUCUAUCGACCUGGAGCCCAUUACCAGGACCUUCACUGCUGACAUCCAAACAGAACCUGAGAGUGACGGUGACUACGAGCUUGAGGAGUUGCCGCACACGUAUUCACCACCCUUCAACCCCUACAAACAAAGUGAGAUCAGUGCCGCAGAAUUCAGCGUGGAGGUUGUGGAAGAGGGCAAGGUGAGCGUGAUCAUCAAAGAUCCUCUGACCAGCUUUCACAAAUAUGGAAAGCAGCUCACCAUCAGAGACAUCCUCAAAAAUGACCUCCAGUACAAGAUCAGCUACUACAAGUCUGGAAAUACAGGAAAGAAAGACAUCCUAUCAAACUCCAAUAGAGCGGAGGUGUCAGGGCUGGAUGCUGGUCAAAGUUACUGCUUCAUGGUAGCGGCUUUCAUCCCUUCAAGGAUCAAACCCUACCAACAAGGAGCCUGGAGCAUCCAGCAGUGUACUCCCGGACAGAAGAACGUAUUGCAAGAGCUGAGCCUGGGAGCUUUGGUGGGUGGACUCUUUAUCGUGCUUGUUAUCCUCAUCAUCAUCAUCACAGUGACCGUCCUAUGCUGUCGACGAAGAAGCAGACCCAGUCAAACUUACCAGUCAUCUACCGUUGUUUAAUGGAUGAUACUGUCCGUGUUGUCUGGAAAUAAUCACUCAGCAUCAAACAGAUAAUUCCCAUACUGUUUUUUUAAUGUGUAUGUCUUUCUUAAAAGGAGCUGGUCUUCUUUGUUUGUGUGCCGACUUCGCACACAAAAUAGUAUACAGUAUACAGUAAUCCCUCGUUUAUGGCACUUAAUUGGUUCCAGACCCAACUGUGAUACAUGAAUUUACAUGAAGUCCAUCAAUCCAUCCAUCUUCUAUGCCACUUGUCCUCACUAGGGUCGCGGCGGUACAGUAUGCUAGAGCCUAUCCCAGGUGACUUAUGGGCGAGAGGCGGGGUACACCCUGGACUGGUCGCCAGCCAAUGGCAGGGCACAUAUAGACAAACAACCAUUCACACUCACAUUCAUACCUAUGGACAAUUUAGAGUCUCCAAUUAACCUAACAUGCAUGUUUUUGGAAUGUGGGAGGAAACCAGGGUACCUGGAGAAACCCAUGCACGCACGGGGAGAACAUGCAAACUCCACACAGAGAUGCCCAAGCGGAGAUUCGAACCCAGAUCUAGUAAUGAACAACAACUAAAAGCCUCAGCCACACAAGCACAGGGUGGAGGCUGCAUGUAACAGACUGCCAGGAGUUGAGUCUUAAGGCGGGACACCCAAGGUGGCGGGGUCUCAGGGUAGAGGCCUGACAAAAGUGCAAUCCACUUCUCCGGGUUGAGGGCUGGACACAACAACCCAUGCCGUGAAGAAAACACUUAUAAAAAAAAAUGAGUGAUGUGUAUGCAUAAUGCCCCCUUCACAUUUCUGACUGCCCCCUCAUACGUGCAUGCCAACAACAGGCCCUGGUAUCGUAGCAGAGUCAGACUUGCGUUUCAGCUUGACGUGGGUUACGGCUGCAACAGCAGCCUGUGUUAGGGAUUGUGCCUGUUGUGAGAUCAUCAAACUUGCAAUAAAAGCCUGUUGUUCCGGCCAUCAAUUCUGGCGCUUGUGUGUCUCACCUAACAUUACAGUAACAUUACUGACACCUAGUGACCAGUGUACAAUACUACAUAUCAUCACAGCAUCUUUGAAUGCGUCUUCUGAAUGCCUGAUAUUUGUAUUUUACUUCAUUUAGGCCAUUUUUAUGCCUGAAAAUUAGGCCGAUUUUUUUUUUUUAUUUACUUAAAUAUGCAAUUUUUUUUUACUACAAUUAGGCCGUAUUCCACCACAAAGCAGCAUGAUUUCUUUUUCUUAAAAUGUGAUAGUGAAGCCUCGAAAUUCGGAGCACGAAGUGGCGAGGGAUUACUGUAUCGAAUAGUUAACACUGUUACGGCUUUAGGAACACCUCAUGGAAGCUUUGUCAAAAAAUUACAGCUACAUUUAAAAAAAAAAUCUGCUGUUUAUGCUUUUUUCGUGUAUGUCUUUCAAAAAAGGGAGCUGGUCUUCUCUGUGUGUCUGUGUGCAAAUAGUACACUCCUUUGUGCCACAGUAUUUUCACCAUUUUGAUAGAUGUUUGAAAUAAUAUGUAUGAAAACUACUAUCAGUAUCUCCUCUGGUACUAUCUCCACAUGUUAGGAGAAAUAGACAUAAUAUUUCAUAAAAUGAGACUCACCAUAAUAUACUCACAGUGAUGUGUAUCUACUAAUUAUAGUUCGUCUGUCAGGACUACUAACCAUGGGUAAUCACGUUUCAUACCUCGGAGCGAUGAUGUAUUUUCAUGACAAAAUAAAUUCCGUUUCACAAAAGAAGGGCUUCUACUGGUUAUGAUCGUACAGGUCAGAGGCGUCCAAACUUUUUCCAGCAAGGGCCACAUAGUGAAAAAUGAAAGGAUGCAAGGGCCACUUUGAUAUUCCCAUUUUAUCUUUGUGAUAUAUUACUAUACUAUAAUUAGUACGAACUUUGAUAUUUGCUAAUUUUUCUCAUUUUUGCUGUUGUUUUUUAAAUUUUCCAAAUAUUUCAACUUUCUUCCUAAAUAAUCUUUGUACAUUUUCUUGUUGUAACAAGAUGACUUUAUUCCCAUAAUAUUAUAACUUUUUCCCCAACCUCUUUGGCCAAAAGUUGGCCAUGCCAUUCAGGGCCUCAGGCGGGGGCGGUUUCAUCUCCGGUUCUGUCUGGGUGGGAGUGGGGUGGGGCAUGGGGCUCCUGUGGCCUUUUUCUCUGAGAGACAAGUUUUUCUGUUAAUAUUUUGACUUCAGUCUUGUAAAAGCACUGUGGAUUUUUCCAUUUCUGCUGUUGCUUUUGUAGUUUUCUUAUUCAAUUAUAUUUUGAGAAUGCACUGUGGGCCAAUAAAAAAAAACAGGCACGGGCCGCAAACACUUCUUGUUUUGUUUCAUCCAUUUCCCUCUGCUUAUCCGGGUCCUUGUCACGGGGGCAGCAGUCUCAGUAGGGAAGCCCAGACUUCCCAGUCCCCAGCCACCUCCUCCAGCUCCACCAGGAGGACACCAAGGUGUUCCCAGACCAGCUGUGAGACAUAAUUGCGCCAGUGUGUCCUAGGUCUGCCCCUGGGCCUUCUCCCGGCUGGCCAUGCCCGGAACACCUC